GCCUUUAUAUAGUCUCUGUACCCGCCGGCUGAACCACCGUCUCCCUUGAACCCUUACCCUACACUCAGUAUAAACCAAGCUAUUCUGGAUAAAGUUAUUAAGAAGAUGGCUACGGACAGCUAUGAAAUGAACGGUGAUGCCGACCGAAAUGGGGAGGCGGAGGUCGCGCUGCAAGGCCAAGGGAGGAGGCCACAGGAGCUUCUGAACAUGAACCAUUAUGCUAAUAAGAAGAGUGCGGCAGAGAGCAUGCUGGAUAUAGCUCUACUGAUGGCCAACGCCUCACAGCUGAAGGCUGUGAUGGAGCAAGGACCUGGCUUCACCUUCUAUGCACCCCUUAUCACUCUCAUUAGCAUCUCCCUCAUCCUACAAAUCAUAGUGGGAGUUCUGCUCAUCUUCAUAGUUAAGUGGAACCUGAAUGAUGCAAGCAUGCACUUCAAGCUGAACAUCUUGGAGAAUACCACCACAGCCUUUGUCUUUAUCAUAGUCGUGGUCAACGUCUUCAUUACAGCCUUUGGUGUACAGCGGCCCAACCCGAGUUCUUGAUCACCCUUUACACGACUCUACAUGCCUGCAGAUCAACUUAGUAAAGAAGGACCUCCACAUUAUUUACACAAAUAUGCAGAAUAUUUAUUCCCCAAACUAAGUGGCAUUGCACUUCCAUUUUUUUGACGUCCUAGGCAUGAGACUCUGGUAAUUGGUGUGUGUGUGUGUGUGUGUAUAUGUAUGUGUGUGUGUGUGUAUGUGUGUUAGAGUUCCCUUCCUCUGACUUUGGAUAAGUCUUCGGUCUGUUUUUAUUUCAUGUGGCCAUCAAUCCGUUUGUUACCUCAUCAUGCUCAGGUUACCGAUGCUGAUAAAUGACUGCCUUUACCUAUGUAAAAAAAAAGGAAAACUAAUCAGGAACCAAAAAAGACUUUCAUCCCUUAUUUUGAAAUGUGUCAGUAUCUGUCAGUCUAAACCACAAUGUAUGCCUGCAGCCUUAGAAAAAAAGAACAUAAUCACAAUAGCAUAACCCAAAAGACAUCCUUAAUAAUAAAUGCAUCAUGGACCAUGCUGCUCAUGAGGCAUUACAUGAUAUACUGUAAAAGCUUUAUUACUUUGGGGAAACAUUUUAAACAGUUUACACUUUCAUAAACCUCAACCAAUCCAAUGAAGUGGACCUUACAUGCUCUGUUUCGUGUGCUGUCGAAAGCCUUGUGUGUUUUGUUUGAACUUAUUUACCUGUAUAUAUUAGUUAAAAACGUUUGCAGUAUAUUGUGUAUGUGGUUACUUUUAGGCUUUUUUUUAAAUCACUUUUUUAAAUGACCAAAUUUUUCCAAAGCUUUACAUGAUCUUGUAUUACACACUGUGACUUCUUUUGAAAUACAUUUUAUAAAUAAAACUUCAGAAAUUA